UGAAUCACCGAUUUGUCUCUAGCACAAACAAUUUAAGGAUUUCAAACCGCGGUAUACUCUGGGUUAAGUUAUUCCCAAGCUUUCGGUCUCACGAAAGCUUCAUAGUCCUUCCAACCAUCUGGAUUGCGCGUCAUAUCAGCAGCAUCCAUAGUACACCGUAGACGCCAGUAACCGAAACAAAGCAGACUUUCUUCCUGGAAUUCCGCUGGAAGCCACGGAUUACCACGAGGCGCCUAACUAACUAACAAGUCGUCCGGGUCGUUCAGAAGCAAUCCGAAGGCUGGACAGGACACGUGUAGACGACGUUGUUCGCGCUUUGUACACCGUUCGCAGUAACACGUUCUAACCGUAUAAACAUGUUAUUUUAAGCACAAGCAGGAUAACGGAUAAAGGACACCUAAUACCUGUGUCCCUAGCCAAGCAAUAUACAUUACCUCGGCAGGAUACGCGACGUCUAUAUAGUAGUGGUGGUGUGUGAAAGCGUUAUGUUGUCUGACAUGAAUCUAUCCCGCUCGGUCUCCCACCGCCCGCGUUUUCUGGUAUCCUCGGUGUUUCCCAAGAAGGAUGAAAUGCUGGAUGGUGCUCAGUGAAAGUGAACUUGGGACCAGGACCAACGGCAACGACGACAACUUACUGUGGGAAGCUCUCAGUAAAUUUCUCGGGAACCAUUCGAACAGUGCCAGCCCGCUUUCCUAGAAGUUUGUAGGUGUCCGUUUCGAAAAGAAAGUGUGUUUUAAGUUGAUGUGCGUUUUUGUUGUUUGUUGAGAUUGCAAGCUUGAUUAAAAAAUAGUGAGGCUAUUUAGAUUCAGCUCAGUCGCCGCACGUUUCGUCGCUAAAGGAGAAAACAUCAAAGGGAGGAAAAUUGCAACGGAUCUAUUCUGCCACUCAAAGGAGUCCUACACAGGCUGAUUCCACGAUUCCUAGAAGUUGUUUGCUUAGCACACUUCCCGUUGGAAUAGGUCACCAGCAGUUGUCCACGUUCCCGCAUGAGCUGAUAUCCAGUGACUUAAAAGACGAUUAUUCGAAGGCGACCACCCAACCGAAUCCGAUCCAAACAUUCUCACACACAGCAACGAUUCGACGCCCCUUGAUGGACUCCAUUCAAAUACCCGUUAUCAGGACUCAUCUCCGAAAAAUGCGUAUUUCACCGAAAUUCGAAUGGAAAUGUUGAAAGCAGGCACGGAACCAUGGCGCACGUUAAAUCGACAAUCAAAGUUAUGACUGAGCACUUCAAAAGGACACCACUUCGCCUCCGGACUUAAGGACUCAAUUUACCUUUCAUAUACACCUUUACAACUCAAUGGACUGUUCUGGGGGAAGAUGUGAGAUGAUAAUCGAAUCAUAAAGGGUACGUGGAAAAGGACAAUGCAGCAUGGAAUUCGAAAGUGAUAAUGAGCGACAAUCAAUAGAAAUCAAUAUUACUGCAAUCUACGUAACGCUUCAGUCCACUGAAGAGGAAGAGUUAAUAGGAACCACUACCACCACCGCAACACUCGACUCGGACUCGGACACGCUUCUUGUAAACCAGACCACCAAAUCGAUUCUCAAUAUUGUGGACGAUGUGAAUUUAGAUGGCAUAUCUACGGAUGAAUUAUUAGAUGCGACGGAAACACUUUCCGUAGUUUUAGUAUUAAAGUGUUUCGUUAUUAGCUUCAUUAUAUUAGCAGCGAUUUUUGGCAAUAUGCUAGUAAUUGUUUCGGUGAUGCGACAUCGUAAGCUGAGGGUGAUAACCAACUACUUCGUGGUUUCUCUAGCCGUGGCGGAUAUGCUGGUGGCAUUGUGUGCCAUGACUUUCAAUGCAUCCGUGGAACUAUCGGGAAAGUGGAUGUUUGGGACAUUCAUGUGCGACGUGUGGAACAGCUUCGAUGUCUACUUCUCUACGGCAAGCAUCCUUCAUUUGUGCUGUAUUUCCGUGGACAGGUACUACGCUAUAGUGCAACCUCUCGACUACCCUCUGAUCAUGACUCAUUCGAAAGUCAUUCUCAUGCUGGUUAUUGUGUGGAUCUCUCCGGCACUUCUGUCGUUCGUGCCAAUUUUUGUAGGAUGGUACACCACGAAAGAAAACCUUGACUUUCUCAAGGAAAAUCCGCAAAUAUGUGAAUUUAAGGUUAACAAAUCAUAUGCAAUCAUUAGCUCAUCGGUAAGUUUUUGGCUACCAGGAAUUGUCAUGAUUUCAAUGUACUACAAAAUAUAUCAGGAGGCCGAUAGGCAAGAGAGGAUGCUGUACAGGUAUGUAAUCCUCUUACAUUCAAUAAUGGAGUCUAAAUUGAAAAACUCAAUUUCGAAACCUAGAUCCAAGGUGGCUGCACUCCUUCUAGACAAACAUCUACAGAUCAAUCACAUCCCAAUUCCCAGACCAAGUGUUCAAAUGGAGCAGACUACAAUAUCGUCCAUGAGGAGGGAAAGAAAGGCGGCACGUACACUUGGUAUUAUCAUGAGUGCGUUCCUUCUAUGCUGGCUGCCAUUCUUUUUAUGGUAUAUAACGAGUUCCCUAUGCGAUGAGUGUGAAACACCAAAAAUCGUCGUUGGAAUACUGUUUUGGAUAGGUUAUUUCAACUCAGCCCUUAAUCCAAUUAUCUACGCAUAUUUCAAUCGAGAGUUUCGAGCCGCAUUCAAAAAGACACUGAAGUCUUGCUGUCCAUACCAAUUAAUGAACUGUAAAGUAAGCGAUGGGGUCGAUUUACCACCGUACAUGCAUUCCACAGCAUCAUCCGAAAUUCAUAUGAACAUAAUCCGAUCAAGAAACUAUUCGUCUUCCAAUCAACUGCAGCAAUAAUAUUCAGCCAGCCAUCCCAAUCAACCGACAUCGCAUCGACUAACUACCAAGGAUCGGGAUGGCAUGCCCAAUGCAACAAAAGAAACGCGUACGUAAUUGUAAAGUUAAACAAAACAGAAUAUAAUAAGAGGAAACAAA